AUGCACCACGACAUUGGAGAGGAGCACCAAGAGGGCUUCACAGCGUGGAGCGAGCAAAAAGUGGCCCCCCAUAUGUGUCCAUUGCUUAAAACAGAUUAUAUGUACAAGGACGAUAGCAAUGACCAUCCUCAGGUUAUCAACCAAGAAGUCCCAUUCACUGCAAAUGAAUUAGCAAAGCUGAGAAAAGAUUUUCCAAGAACUGCAAAAGAAUCAGAGACAGAGUUAUGUGUGGAGAGUGUCUUUGUCAAGAGGGAUGGAAUCUUGUUGUGAGGGAAAGAAGCAGAAGGGGGUCCGAAUGUGCUUCUGACCACCAGUGAUCACCGAGCCCCACAGUCAUUGACUCAGAGAGCUGUAUAUUGGGCUGGAGGUUUCAACUCCUUGGAGAGGGGAGAUCCCCUUGCCAUAGCAGGGACGGUGGAUCAGUUAGUGGAAAGUGUGCAAAAGGUGGCCUGUCUCCACAUGAUGUACAAUCAGGAGCUUAAGCCCAACCAGAGUUCCCCAGUGAUGCUGCCUGUGGACCCAGAGAGGGCUCCCCUGAUACGAGGACCUCCUGACUCCCUGAAACCCAUUGGGAUUCAAUUACAAGGGAGGCUUCAAAACAUCCCCAAUGGAGAAAGAAUUACGACUGCUCUGGAGAGGAUAAUGAUCCCUGACUAUCUGUGGCCACCGAGAAAAGUAUGGACAUGUGGGGAGAUAGCCCAGGAGCUGAUUAAUCCUGGGAGAAAAUAUGACCCUGUUGGUGGAAUGUCCCAGAGAACUGAAACCAGGGUUGUACAGGCCACAAAACGGGUUAGUGGGCAACAAUCAGCCCUCGGGAAGGGCCAAGACUUGGGGUCGCUGCGAGGUCAUAGUUCUGGGAGAGAGAGACCCUUAAUUUGA